CGUGGAAAAAGGAAACGGGGACUAAUAGAGAUAAACUAACGUGUGUUGUUGAAAACGCGGGGUCGAAAAAGCGAAUAGCGUUGCAGUAACAGUAAGAGAUGAUUGGCGAUGUAUGAUUGGUUGGUUUUUAUUCUCUGUUCUCGUUUGUGGAGUGGAGAACAGAAGGCCAUCACCUCCCUUGCUUUCUUUUCUCUCUUUCUUUUCAUGAACUUUUUUUUUUUAAUUUUUCAUUAAAAGAUUAUUGAUAAUAAUAAUAAUAAUUAUUAUUAUUAUUCAUAUCGGUUUUAUUUAACUGUUGUUGUUGGUGGGUGAACCGGUGAAGGGUGAUCUUAGUUUAAGUGAGUGAGGGAGAUGGAAUGUGAAGAGUGAGUGACAGGGUGGUGAUGAUAGUAUUAUUAUGCGUGUAUGGAAUUCGAUGCCGCGAUUCCCGUGUCCCGAGAGCACCUUCCUCAAGAUGCAAUGUGGCAAAUUAACUUAAGGUCAAGUGAAACAAUGGAAUCUGGACCUUAUCCCGAGCAUCCAGGAGAACCAGAUUGUUCAUAUUACAUUAGGACCGGCCUUUGUAGAUUUGGAGCAACAUGUAGAUUUAAUCAUCCUCCUAACAGAAAGCUGGCUAUUGCUGCUGCACGGAUGAAAGGUGAAUUCCCAGAAAGGAUAGGACAGCCAGAAUGCCAGUACUAUUUAAAGACAGGAACUUGCAAAUUUGGAGCCACAUGCAGGUUUCAUCAUCCUAGAGACAAGGCUGGGAUUGCUGGAAGAGUUGCCUUGAACAUUUUAGGCUAUCCUCUCCGCCCAAAUGAGCCUGACUGUGCUUAUUAUUUAAGAACUGGACAAUGUAAAUUUGGGAACACUUGCAAAUUUCACCAUCCCCAACCAAACAAUAUGGUGCUUUCCAUGAGAAGUUCUCCUGUUUAUCCUAGUGUCCAAUCUCCAACUACACCAGGUCAGCAGUCUUACGCUACAGGAAUUACAAAUUGGCCCAGUUCAUCAUAUAUUCCUAGCCCUCGUUGGCAAAGUCCUUCAAGUUAUGCUCCUUUAAUUCUACCUCAGGGAAUGGUUUCAGUUCCUGGCUGGAGUGCAUACAGUGGUCAAAUGGGAUCAGAUAGUUCACAACAAACAAUGGGAAAUGGCCAAAGCUAUGGAACCAAUCGGCAAAGUGAACCAACCAAUGCAGGAUCCCAGGGAGCAUAUUCUCAAUUCCGCUCUGGCUCUGUUCCUGUAGGUUUCUAUGCGUUGCAGAGGGAGAACAUAUUUCCUGAGAGACCUGAUCAACCAGAAUGUCAAUUUUACAUGAAGACUGGAGAUUGCAAGUUUGGUGCAGUCUGUCGUUUCCAUCAUCCACGUGAAAGGAUGAUUCCUGCUCCUGACUGUGUUUUGAGUCCUAUAGGCCUUCCUUUACGUCCUGGAGAGCCUCUUUGUGUCUUCUAUUCACGGUAUGGCAUAUGCAAAUUUGGUCCAAGUUGCAAGUUUGAUCACCCAAUGGGAGUCUUUACCUAUAACAUAUCUGCAUCACCUUCAGCUGAUGCCCCAGGGCGGCGAAUGUUAGGUUCUUCAUCAGGAACUUCUGCAUUAAAUUUAUCAUCAGAAGGACUUGUUGAGUCAGGCUCAGCAAAUCCAAGGAGGCUUUCAUUAUCAGAGACCAGACAGAUUCCUUCUGGUGAUGAUAACAUUGAUGAAGAGGGAUAAUGAUGUCUCUUGGAAAUGGGUUACUUGCUUUUUAAAAUUUUUUUCAGGGGAGAAAAGGGUAAUCUGUAAAUUGAUUUUCCCAUUGCUGAAGGUGUACAGACUACAGAGUUCAUGUGAAGCUGAUUCUAUCAACGUGCUAUUUAAUGCCGUUGACGGAUUCAGUUGUUCUGAAUUUCAUGCUGUCACAUUGUAUAAAUUUUACAAAUAUUUGUCACAUUUGGUGGAAACCAAAUGUGAACAUUUCUUCAGUCCUUAAGUCAGUCUAUAUAUUUAAUGUUUUCCCAAUAUGUAAAAAGUGUUUUUCUGAAAAUCUGUAAUGAUCAAUAUUUGGCUCCUGUGUCAAUCUUUCUUUGGUGCAGGUUUGAAAUUCAGUGCAAAGACUAUUCUAUAUGCGGUCUACUGUGCAUAAUAGAAAUCUUUUUCAACAGCAAACCAACAGUAUGAUCAAUAUCCUUUUUUUUUUUUCACAUUUUUUGUAUAUUUUUAGUGUGCAUACACAUAUUUUUUUCACACUCUAAUCAGAAUAGAAGAGCAUUCUAAUGAAGUCUUAAUUGCUGUAUGGCUGCAUAUUUUCUUCAGUCAAAAUAAAGGCAACUGUUCUAAAAUUUUAUCUGUACCUUUACUUUCCCAUGAUAUAUCUAUUCUUUUUGCAAUGAUUGAUAACUUUGUGGGUGGCAGAGGCCCGCUAAUUUAUGCUGUUUUGCAGAUGCCAAGCCUCAGCGCCAAUGUGACUUCUGUUCAGGCUACAAAAUACUUAACUUAAUGUUUCAAUUAAUUUUGGUGGGUGGAUGGUCCUUUCUGGCUUGGAGUCCGAUUAUCAUCAGUUCACAUGCAAUGCAAUAACUAAAUCAUGGUCGGCAGUUUAUUAGAAGCAUCAUUUCAGUGGCUGUAUAUACAUGUAUUUGAUGUGUUGCUCGCUGAUUCUAGUAUGUCUUAUCAAUAUGCUUACACAGGUACUGCGUCCAUUCUUUCUCCUUUUAUUUACUUAAACAACGAAACGGUCUAAUGAUCAUUGUCACGAAAUGCUCUUUUUUGCAGUCCUGUACUAUAACCCAAAUCUGUAGAAGCGUGUUUCACUGCUCUAGUGUGCUAGUUUUCUGAAUCUGAAAAGAAUAAGGAAGUGCUUUCACUAUUUUUUAAAACUCCAGUUUUUCGAAAAAUAUGAAAAUUAAAGAACUUAUUUUAUCAACUGGUUUUAAAAGUGUAUUUGUUCUGCAUUCCUGUUGUGAUUUCGCUUUGAGCUAGAAGUUAAUAGUUACCUUUCAUAUUUUUUGGUGGAAUGUACGUGAUUUUUGGCUUGUGAUGAGUUUUCAGACGUGAAAGCUAAUAAUACUAGAAGUUUCAGAUUUACAUGUCCCGGAUGCACGAUUUUACCUGCCUGUGGACAUUGAACCAAACAGGUUAUUAUGAGUCAAUUUGCAUUUUCAAGUUUCAUUGGUUAACAAUAGUCCAUAGAAAUAUGCAAGGCUUGUAUGGCAUACAUCCUUUUUGUAGUUGGAUGACGAGUCAUUUGGGCUAAAAUCUGAACUGAUCAUAUUUCUUUUUCCUUCUAACGAUUCAGAUUGGAUUUUUCUUUUGAGGUAAAAUAUUAUUAAAAGUUUCAACCGUUGAUAACACUAAACAGAUGCCACGUAUUAACUUCCUAAAGCAACAGGAUAAGUAAAUACGAUAGAUAACUUAUUUGCUGUAAGUAUUUUUGUCAUUGUCACACUCUAAACCAUUCUGUUUUGCCUCUAAUUUUGUGCGUGCACGAAUUUAAAGCUGUGUAUGUCCUAAGGAAUAAAUCAGUUACUCUUUCUCCCUUUUCUAUAUUUGGUGACAUGUGAAUACGGAAGCCCUAUUAAUGAAAUACACUCAAAAAGUGGA